UCAUUCCCUUGUUUCCCACCAACCAUGAAGGCCAAAGGUAAAGGAGGAAAACGUAGGCACGUGGUCCAGGAAGAUGCUGCCCAGCAGGACCCAGCCCAGAAGAAAGACAAACUGAAAUGUUCACGGCGGCAGGAAAAGAGGAACAAAGAGAGCAGCAAGACCUCUGCACGGUCCACAAAGCUUCCCUGGAGCAGCAAAGACCGGCGUUUGCGACGCCUGGAGAGCAAUGAACGUGAGCGUCAGCGCAUGCACAACCUGAACAAUGCUUUCCAGGCCUUGAGGGAAGUCAUCCCACAUGUCAGGGCAGAGAACAAGCUGUCCAAAAUCGAGACCCUCACCUUGGCCAAAAACUACAUCAAGUCUCUCACCUCAACGAUUCUCAGGAUGUCAAAUGGACACCUACCUUCUACCGUUGACGGGUCCAGUUCUGGCAGCAGAUCCAAACUCUAUGAACAUUAUCAGCAGCAAUGUGGGGAAGAGGAGUCCACAGAGCAGCUUCAGAAGUAUUCCACCCAGAUCCACAGCUUCCGGCAAGGUAGCUAAAGUCAGCUGCCCCUUCUAGUUUGAGAUUCAGUUCCUGGAGAAGUUCUGAAGUACUCAAGCUUCUCAGUAUAAUCUCCCUCCCUCCUCCUCUUGCAAACAAGUGAUGCUGUUGUGACCCUAGUAGAAA